AUGUCUCCGAGCAACGAAAACCGUUUUUCUCUGCUCUUGAAGCACAAGAGGUGCAUGGCAGCAUGCAUUCUCAUCUCCAUGAGCCCAUUCCAGUACGGCAUCGACUUUGGCUUGAUUGGAGGGCUCCAGGCUAUGGUAGGAUUCCUCAAGGUAUUCGGGUAUUCGGAUCCCUCAACACCGAUUGGAUACAACAUCUCGUCCGAGGUGCAGCAGCUCAUCAGCUCGUUGAUGACGCUCGGUGCCUGCGUCGGGUCCAUCUCCGCCGGUCCUAUUGGCGCGCAAAUCGGCCGUCGUCAUGCUCUUUGGGCCGCCUGCGUUCUCUGUGCAGUGAGCGAUGCCAUCAUGCUCGGAACCACGAAUGUCGGGGCCCUCUACGUCGGACGUCUUCUUAUCGGCAUCGCCAACGGCUGGUUCAUGACAUUCUCCCAACUCUACCUGAACGAAGUCGCACCCGCAGAACUCCGAGGCCUCACUCUUGGCUUCUUCCAGUGGUGGUGCUCUAUUGGAUCCCUCGUCGGUACGAUCGUUGACAACUACACUGCACCGAUUGAUGGCCGCGCGAGCUACAUGAUCCCCCUCGCCCUGAUCUAUAUCGUUCCCGUCAUCCUCGCGAUCGGCAUGAUCUUCGUCCCGGAGUCUCCCCGAUGGCUUGUAUCCAAGGGUAAGAUCGAGGAGGCCCGUGCAAGCUUGCUCUGGCUGCGAUCAGAAGGAGAUAAAGUCGAGGCCGAGCUGACGCAAAUCAAGGAUGCCGCCAAGCUUGAAGCUGAGACCACCAAAGGCGUCACCUUCUGGGACAUGUUCCGGAAUCCGAUUGACCGGAGGCGCACGCUGUUGUCCGUCAUGGCUGUUUCUGUACAGGGCGCGAGCGGUGCGAUGUUCAUGCUGAUCUACGGCACUUACUUCUUCGCCAUGGCCGACGUCGGCCAGCCCUUCCAGAACUCCUGCAUCCUCUCCGGCGUCGGGUGCAUCGCCAUCACUCUAUCCUUCUUCCUCAUCACUCGUGUUGGUCGCCGCCCGCUCAUCAUCAUUGGCAUCUUCAUGUCCGGUGUAUGCCAGCUUGCUGUCGCCGCCGUCUACCAGCAUGCGCCUGGCACAGUCAGCACUGGCAAGGCGAUCGUUGGCCUCAGCGUUGUAUACAUCAUCUUCUACAACGGAUGCAUCAGCGCGUACGCCUGGCUGUUGGGAGGCGAAAUCCCCAGCCAGAGGCUGCGGAGCAUGACACUGGGCCUGAGCGCCUGCGUGGGCUUCAUCCUUGGCUGGUUGGCCGCCUUUACCGCCCCAUACUUCAUUAACCCAGAAAACCUCAACUGGGGCCCAAAAUACGGCUACAUCUGGUUCCCCUCCUGUGCAGUCACCGCCAUCGCCCUCUAUAUCUGGCUGCCCGAGACGAAGGAUCGCAGCCUGGAAGAGCUCGAUGAGAUGUUCGCUGCGCGCGUGCCCGCUUGGAGGUUCAAAGAUUACGUGUGUCAUGGGAUCACCUUGGAUGCAGAGGGCCAUGCGCAUAUCGAGAAGGCUGGUGAGGGAAGCGGGGAAGAGACACCGGAUGAGAAGGGGAGCGUGGAGUAUAUUGAGAGAGCAGGGAAUAAGGCGUAG